UUUUCAGUUUUUCAAGAAAAGCACAAGUUGGAAGACACACAGACCCACCACAAGCCACAGAAUCAAAGGCCUCUCUCUUCUUCUUCUCUGUUUUCUCUUCUUUACUUCUUUUUCUGAUAAAACUGUCAUCAACCCCCUUCUCUUAUCACUCUCUCCCCUUCCUAAUUUUAUUUUUUUCCCUUGCAAAUAUACAUAUAAUAUAUUAUAUUUGAUAUGUGUUGAGGGCAUAUUUGCUUGAAGAGCUGAAACAUAUUAUUGUCGUGAUCGUUUGAAUCUAUGGAACAGCUUGUCAACUUCAUCAUCCGGCCACCAAGAGCUGAAUAUGACCCUCAAAGUGAUUUGUUGGAUCAGGAGUUCAUGCUGAAAGGGAAAUGGUAUCAUAGGAAGGAUGUAGAGAUAAAAAACAGCCGGGGUGAUGUUCUUCAAUGCAGCCAUUACAUGCCUAUAGUCACUCCUGAAGGAAAGCCUCUGCCGUGUGUAAUAUAUUGUCAUGGAAACAGUGGAUGCAGGGCUGAUGGUAGUGAAGCAGCUAUAAUUUUACUUCCCUCAAAUAUUACAGUUUUUACUCUGGAUUUCUCAGGAUCUGGAAUUUCUGGAGGGGAGCAUGUCACUCUUGGCUGGAAUGAAAAGGAUGAUCUGAGGGCUGUGGUCAACUAUCUGCGGGAUGAUGGAAAUGUCUCAUUGAUUGGCUUGUGGGGUCGCUCUAUGGGAGCUGUAACUAGCCUUAUGUAUGGAGCCGAGGAUCCUUCAAUUGCAGGGAUGGUUUUAGACAGUCCCUUUUCUGAUUUGGUGGAUUUAAUGAUGGAACUCGUAGAUACAUAUAAAGUUCGUCUGCCAAAAUUCACUGUGAAGUUUGCAAUCCAGUACAUGCGUAGAGCAAUCCAAAAGAAGGCAAAAUUUGACAUAACGGACCUCAAUACCAUUAAGGUGGCAAAAUCUUGUUUUGUUCCAGCUCUACUAGGGCAUGCCAUUGAUGAUGAUUUUAUACAGCCCCAUCACUCUGAUAGGAUAUUUGAGGCUUACAUGGGAGACAAAAACAUAAUUAAGUUUGAGGGAGAUCACAAUUCUCCACGUCCUCAGUUUUACUUUGAUUCCAUAAACAUCUUUUUUCACAAUGUUUUGCAACCUCCAGAAGAUGAGGUUGGGGAAUCAUUUUUUGACUCCGUGAGUGAUUACUUUGGUAAGGAUGUUUGGACAUCUGUGCAUGAAUUAGGCUACAACAAUGAAUCAUCAUCUAAAAGCAAAGAUGCAGAACCAUCAACAAGCAGUACGAUAGAUGCCAUUAAGGAGGUCCGUCCAAGACGACCAAUGAGUAGGAUGGAGGUUCCAUCCGAUAUUUCUUCAAAAGAUGAACAUCACGAACACAAGGAGAAGGAGAAGUGUGACAAUCUUUCCCAAUCGUCAUCGUCAAUGAUAAGCUUUGAAUUGUCAAAUGGUGAUCCCUAUGGCCCCCAUGUUCCAGCCACAUUGGAAGAUGAUCAGUACGUUGAAUAUCAACUAGAUGACCUUGCAGGUUUUCCAUCAACUGCAGAGGAGGAAGAAAGAAUGUUAAUGGAAGCCGUGAUGGAGUCACUGAAGGACCUGGAAGUACAGAAUCCUCACACGGAACAACCAACAAGCAGUAGUGUUAGUACCAUGUCUGUAGCUGUAGAGUCAUCAGAUAAAGAUGCUUCUUCGAAGGAGAUUUCAAGAUCUAUGGAGACAGAAUCUUCCUCACUCAAAGACACCACAUAUUCAAAAUCUAAAACCACUUCCUCUGCAUCAGAAGAAUGCGAGCCAUUGAACGGUGGGUCAAAUUCCAUUUCAGUGAACCAUUCCCAAAGUUUGGUUUCCGAGCCAAGUCCAGUACCUAGUCUUUCGUUAGAAGCACCGCAGUUGCAAUUGCAGCCACAACUACCACCGCCAAUGGCACCUGCAGACGCAUCAUCGGUAACUGAGUCCAGCAAUACAAGUGGUUCUGCUCGUAGCGAUAGUUCUGCUAGUUUCCAAAGUUCAUCCGAGACUGACAUAUCACACAAUACUAAAGCCACAGUAACUGUUGUUAGGAAUCCCGCAGGCCAUGUGAUGGACGGCUUAAUUCGUCGUUGGGAUUUCAAUUUUUUCAAAAAUAAAUAGUCACAACCGAUGAUCAGAUGAGAGAUUCUCAUUUAUACAUUGUUUUUGUAACUAAAAAAAAUUCAUAGUUUGUACCAAAGAAAUAGGUUGCUCGUGUGUAAAGUUAGUAUGCUUAGAUUCUCAACUAACAACAUCCAAUAUUCUUUGACUGUAAGUGAGAAUUGUCAUAUUUUAUUUUGUUUAUUAUGAAUUUAAAUGGGAAAAACAAUUUCUACA